AUGUUCCCGAAGGCGGAGGUGUGGGUGGAUGUGACAACAUGUUCGGAUCAUGCUUAUUUAACUUUGGUCUUGACCGAAAACAAGAUGGAAGGACGUGGAACGGUGUGUUUUCGUUAUGAGGCUAAAUGGGCUCUUGACGCGGGAUUCAAAGACGUGGUGCAGCAGGCGUGGGUUAAACCCAUGAAUGGAAGUUGGGAUCAAAUUGGGAAAAAUUUAGCCAAGAAGAGGUUGGGGGUGGGUGAUGAGGUGGAGACUGUCAAAGAAGAGCUGCAGCUUCUACUAGAUAAGGCCGAUCUUCAAUUGAGAUAUAAAGCAAAAUUGGAGUGGUUGAGAAGUGGUGAUAGAAAUACAAAAUACUAUCAUUGCAGGUGA